GCCAUUUGCGCGGUCCACGUACAACCGAGAGAAAUAUAGAAAGUGAAACUUCUCCAGAACGAGAAAAAAAUUCACCUUCGUCGAUUAACGAGAAACAGUAAGUUUGCGUUUCAAUUUAUUCGGGGGAAAAUCAGAAGUACUUUGUUUUCCAGUUGAACUCGGUAAUUCAUCAUUAGAUUUGAGAUUGAAAGAUGCUGAUGGGGCAUGCUGAGGGUCUACCAAAGCUUGAGUCAGCAAAAGAUUUGUUGCUCUCUGACCCUGUGUCUGAGCUGGAUGGAGAUGAAGAAGCUGAUAUUCCUUCACAAAUUCUAUACACGGCUUCAUUUGAAGAACUAGCAUCAAAGAAUAUACAGUACGAUACAAUAAUAUGGGUCUCAAUAUCUCUACUGCUUGUCUUAGCAUGGGGGAUUGGGAUCAUCAUGUUGCUUUAUUUGCCUUUUAGAAGAUGGGUGAUUAAGAAGGAUAUAGCAUCACGCGAGCUCUAUGUUACAUCGAAAGAAAUAGUUUACAAGGUGUCAAGGCCUUCAUUUAUACCCUUUUGUGGAGAAAGGAAAAUUGAAAAGCAUGUACCUCUAUCAUUGGUUAUCGAUAUUAUUAUUGAACAAGGUUUCUUGCAGUCAUUGUAUGGAAUUCAUACCUUUAGAAUUGAAAGUAUAGCACAUGGUAAAGCUGCACCAGUUGAUGAAUUGCGGGUUCAAGGGGUUUAUAACCCUGCACUUCUGAGGAAGGUUGUCGUAACAGAGGCUUCAAAGGCCAUACAAAAUGUUGGCAAUAGUUGGAAUCUUAAUUCUCAAAUUUUGGAUAUGGGAUGCUUGGUUCGUAUGGAUUCUCUAACCUUGGGUCCAGCUGUUUUGAGAUCUCCAUCUACAGGCUGGAAGACAAUGAAUUCUCCUCCCCAUUCUUUGGUGGACAACAGAGGCAUUGUACCCUCGGAUUUGAUGCUUCACAAACUUGAAGAAGUUAACAAGUCAGUGAAGAAAAUUGAGUUUCUUAUGGAGAAGUCCCAGGCCUCUCCUGCAUUCAGUUAAAAGAAGUUGGCUGUACCCCAAUGGCACCCCUUGGUUACCUAGUCCGAGAUAGGAGAUGAAAGAAGCAAUUGUAGACUUACCGUUUGUACAUACAAGACAAUUAAUGUAGGUCUGAGGAUCUCUCUCUCUCUCUCUCUCUCUCUCUCUAACUCCUAUGUUACAAGCAUUCAGUAGGAAAACCUAGAUAGUUGAUUUUAUCCGAUUUGUUGUUAUUUUUCUAUUGUACGAUUUACUCUAUUAAACAUGUCUGUGUCCAUGUUGCUCUA